AUGUCAGCGUCUACUCUCAUUUACGAACUACCCGUCGAAAUUUGGGAAAAUAUAUUCGAUUAUCUUUGCAAAUACCCUCUAGUUCCACAUGCACAAGGUGUAGACGCAUUGGAGGAUCUGGCCUUAUUCACCAGAGGUAAGGCCUUCAUGGCGAAAUUAGAGCCAUUCUCAGCAGCCAGAAAGGACCUCUCGCUCACUUGUCGCUACUUUCGACACAUUCUUUACCUUCCACGAAACCGAUUGACGAUCAUCAGUUGCACAGGGGGAAUCGUCGUCCCCACAUGGAAGACAUGCGCCGGAUGGUUGCCUUGGGAGGCAGAACGUCUCGAAUUCUACGCGGAUAGACCUCUAUACUAUCCUAUUGACGGACAGUCCCAUGGAAUAGCAUGGCCUUUUAGCUGGCUUACAGAGUCUUGGGACUCAUUAACAUCUAUGGUUCUCCCUCACAACGCUCCCUUUGAUCCAACUAAGAUACUCUCUCGCGCUCCAAACUUGCGAUUACUUUCCUGCAGACUCUGGGAAGUACGCAGAGAAAGUGGGAAAACAUACCCACUCCUCGACCAUCCUCAACUCAGGCGGCUCACUCAUCUAUCGCUCAGUCUCGAUAACGGGCAGCUUAAUAUGCCGUUGCCCAAAGUGACACUCGAGUCGCUCAAAGUCCUCCACCUCGACUUCCAAGGGAUACCCUCGGAUUCUGUUCGCACAACGAUUCAAUCAGAGUUCAUUCCCUGGACAUUUCCAACUCUCAGGACCCUCUCACUCGACGGCAGAAUCAAGGUGGGCAUGUAUAAUGACAUCAAACCCUUCUUCGAGCGACAUAAAUCUGUCGUCCUCAAUUUAUUCAACAAUCUAUAUUCAUCCACCCGCACAAAGAUCCUGUUCUCAGUGCUAUAUCACUUUGACCGACUCGAAUGGUACGGCGUCCGUGCAAUCUCGACUCUGGAUGAGUAUAAUAUUUUUUCAUGCUUAGAACGCGAUCUAGCGCAGCAAGGACCUUCCACGCUGCUCCUCAUCGGGCUAUGUGAACCUUGGGUCAUGUUCAAACGUCCUAGUCGCUUCUCAGCAGCCUCCGCCCAUAUGGCCGGGAGCCCGCAUCGCAUUAUGCGCGUCAUGCUGGACCUACCAUGGCCAGCUAUUGAUCAAGCAUUGAACGCGUUACGAGGAAAUUCUAAGCGCAAGAUAAUGACGUUUUUGGUUGGACUUCAAGGGCUCGGGUUCACAAUUGUGGAUAGACUUGGCGUGGAGGCCCCUCCGGGGCUCAUCCAAUUGCAUGCAUGA